AAUUCAGAUGGACAACAGGCCUGGUAAUGGAAGCAAAUGCAUUUGUCCCAAAGUUGACCGGGUAUUUAUGCCCAGUGGACCAGUUGCUCAGCUGUCUGCUUCCCUCCAACUUGGCACUAUGGGAACCAUGGCCAGGCCUUGAAGACUCACCCCAAGUCCCACAUGUGCUACAAUGAAUUUGUUGAAGAGAAUCAAAGCAAUGUCAAAAGUCUGAAAUGAACUGGCUACCAACAGCAGCUCCUGCACCGAAGAUUCUGAAAUGUUAACAUUCUUUAGAUCUGAAUCCACUAUAUCCCCUGCCUGGGGAUAAAAUAAAAUUCUCCACCUCUCCCUCCACAAGAUUCACAUCACCUGUCAACUGGUUAAUGAACCCACACUCACAGUAGAAGCACUGGAGAGGCACUCACUAUUUUAAAAGUCCUAGGAGAAUACAAAUGGUCCCAGCCCCUGGUGGUUACUCUUCUCCUUUGGAAUGGGGCUGGUGUCAGGGUCAAAGUGUCCAAAUAAUUGCCAGUGUCAAGCUCAAGAGGUGAUCUGCACAGGGAAGCAAUUAACGGAAUACCCUCCCGACAUACCCCUGAACACCCGGCGCCUAUUCCUCAAUGAGAACAGCAUCACUAGUCUGCCAGCCAUGCAUCUGGGACUUCUCAGUGACCUUGUGUACUUGGACUGUCGGAACAACCGGAUCCGAGAGCUGAUGGACUACACCUUCAUCGGGGUCUUCAGACUCAUCUACCUUGACCUCAGCUCCAACAACCUAACCUCCAUCUCCCCGUUCAGCUUCUCGGUGCUCAGCAACCUCGUACAGCUGAACAUUGCCAAUAACCCUCACCUGUUAUCGCUGGACAAGUACACCUUUGCCAACACCAGCUCUCUGCGGUAUCUGGACCUCAGGAACACUGGCUUGAAGACCUUGGACAGAGCUGCCUUCCACCACCUCACGGUCCUACAGACCCUGUAUCUGAGUGGGAACCCCUGGAAGUGCAACUGCUCCUUCUUGGACUUCGCCAUCUUCUUGAUCGUGUCCCAUCUGGACUACCCAGAUGGUCAAAAUGCCACGUGCAUGGAGCCCACGGAGCUGUUAGGAUGGCCCAUCACCCAGGUAGGGAACCCACUCCGCUACAUGUGCAUCACACACCUGGAUCGCAAAGACUACAUCUUCAUGCUGCUCAUCGGCUUUUGCAUCUUCUCAGCGGGCACCGUGGCCGCGUGGCUCACAGGUGUGUGUGCUGUGCUAUACCAGAAUGCCCGCCGCAAGUCAAGCGAGGAGGAGAUCGAGGACGAGGCCAGCCACAGGGUGGAAGUCACCAGGAGGAUUUUUCAAGCCAGGGCUAAUUCAGUGCAUAGUGGGUUCCCUCAGCUGAUUUAGCUACCAGAGACCACCGUCUGAUGUUCCCACAGCCUCCCCUCUGCCCAGCUUUCUCUCUUGCCCCCAGCUCAACACUAUGUAACUGUCUUAGAGACUGAAGCCUACUAGUAAAAUAAAUAAAUGUUGGCCAUUUCACAGCUUGGUCCCUCCACCAGCUUCUUCAAGCUCAGCAGGUUGGGGCAGCACAAAGCCUAGAAACGUUGUUGGAAAGAUCUAAGUGCUGAGGAAGCCCACACCCAAAGCAACUCAACUCAGCGUUUAACCAUCGCCUACUACAGACCCAAGCUAAGUGGUGCAGGAUAAGAUACGAGAACCACAGUAUUUCAAAUCUUCCUCAAAAAAAAAAAUUAUCCAUUUGGGGAAAGUCAAGACUGACAUAUGUCAAUGGGCCAUCUCUACUAUCCAUCUCAUAAUGAUGACAAUUACCCUACAAUGUUGAUACUGUUUAAUAGUGAGAAGUUGAGGCCUGGACACAUUUAAUGAUUGAUUUUGGCCCCCCAUGGUUAGUAGCACAGACUCCCAAAGCCUACUUUCUCUCCUGUCCAUGAGGCUGCAUCUCCAGGAAACUUAUAGCAACAUAACCAAAGUUCAACAAAUAAGCCUUGGACAAGACAAAGCAAUGAAGCACAUGGAGGCGGCCAGCACUUACUGAGUCAUUACCAAGUGCUCAUCAUUGUAUCAGCUUUCCAAAUGUUUUCUCAUGUACUUAGUGCUCAUAACAACCAAGGCAGGUAGUCCCACUACCCUCCUGCUUAUGAGGCUCAGAGAGGCAACAUAACCCGUUCAAAUCCCACAGUGGAUGUAAAGCAAAGCAAAUGGCUGAACCCAGGUUCUGCCUGACACCAAACACCAUGCUCCAUGCACCAGGAGCUGCUAUCUUUCCUGAAGUGUUAGAGUGACAAUGGUUGCACGGGCAUGGUCCAUCUCUCAGAGCUGGUCAGAGGAAGGGAAAGAGAGUAGAAGAAAGAGAAGGCUCAAUCUAGGCUUAAAGACCCAUCACAGGUUGUCCUUUUCUCUCUAGCCAGAUCAAAUGAUGUUCAUGUUCAGGGCUCAGCUCAAACCCCCAGCAGGAAGCUAGCUGUCCCUGGUCUCCCAGCCAGAGUCAUCUUUACCUUGAAUUACACUGUGACUUGCAUAUGACUCCAGUCACCACUCCCUCCCCCUUCCCCAUUUGUUUGGUGCAAUGGUUAAAAGUGAAUUCUUGAAUCAGGAACCAGGUUCAAUGCACUCAGCCCCUGUGUAGGCUUGGGCUUCCUGCUUGUAAUGGUCUUGAGGUCAGAGACAACCUACUCCCAUUUCUAGUCACACAGCACUUGGGAUUUCUGAUACAAGAUUGGGAUCAAUAAAUGUUUAUCAUUGCAUUGUUUAAGUCCCAACCCUCCAAUUUCUACCUGUUAUCCUGCAAUGAGGGGGGACUCUGGCCAACCUAUUUCACAUCUGUGUACCACAGUUUCUUCACAUGUAAAUGACAAUCAUUAGAGUGCUUAUAUCAUAUAGAUACAUUGUGAGAAUGAAAUGAAUAGCAAUUAUAAAAAGAAUAAUAAACUUUAUCAGGGAAUAAUUUU